AUGGUAGACCAUCAAUUUCAUUCAGGAUAUUAGUAAGUGUGUCAUAUACUUCAGAUUUGUGAUCUUCGUCAGAUAUGUUGUAGCCCACGUGCAGGCCCAAGGGAAGAAUAGCGGGCCUGCAAGCAAGGCCUGGUAUUUUGUACUUUCUGCGUUCGCCCACGAACGCGGCAUUCUGAUUGACUGUCUGCUGUUAGAUUCUAUAAUUAGAUAAACGAAGUAUUCAUUACAAAAGCUCUCGAGCAAAUCGAAUUUGGUCACUUUUUCAAUUAAAAACGAAACAAGAACAGACUGUCAAUUGUUUACUUGGAGGAAGAGAUGUUUUCGCCGUUAUGCCAACGGGAUAUGGUAAAAGUCUCUUCUUUCAAAUAUUUCCGAUGGCAAUGAAUUGCAAGAAGAUAGCGCAAGCGAUGGAACCGAACGCUAUCGUUUUGGUGAUCUGCCGUUGACCAGCAUUAUAGGGGAUCAAAUAAAGGAAGGAGAAUCGUUGGGUUUGAAGUGUGUCACUCUCGAUGAAUUUCUGAAGGCUAGUGAUCGUGAUACACACCAGGUAGUGUUUGCGUCAGCUGAACAGGUUCUCAGCAAGACAUUUACUGAAAUUCUUAAAGACCGGUCAUCAAGAUUACACAAUGCGUUGGACUUGGUAGUUGUUGACGAAUCUUACACAGUUUUGAGAUGUGGACAGAGAAAAGGUUUAAAAAAAUGUGUGUACCUGUUUACUUUGCUCAAAUACACAACUGUUUUUAUCAACAUAUGACAUUCAUUUGUGUGUAUUUUUAUAGCUGCAAGAAUGCAAAAAGCUUUAGAGCAGCCUAUGGUGAUCUAUCGAUUUUGAGAUCAUUAUGCAAGGAAGGUACGUUUACUUGUACCUAAUAUUGAAAAUUAGUAAUAUAUGGCAUGUUUCACAUUGAUUAAAUUACUUGUAUAUAAACACUUACAUAUGUACUUUUCUCACACAACAGGAACACCUGUCUUAGCCUUGACUGGUACAGCAGACAAUCAUACACGAGAAGUUAUCAUGUGUGACCUUGUAAUCAAUUCAGAUGUUCUAGAAGUAUUUUUAAGCCCAAACAGAACAAAUUUGCGGAUAAAUGUGAUCAAAACUACCAAAAAGGAUGCACUUUCCAAUUUAGAUUGGUUGGUUGAAUUGUGUCACAGAAAACAAUCUGAAACACCUAAAACUAUCUUGUUUUGCCACACUAUGAAAGAUGUUGCAACCGUGACUAACUAUCUCAUGUUGAAGCUGGGGUCAUCUGCUUACAGUCCACCAACAUCCAGGGAAUCUGAGGAUUGUCUGAUAGGUAUAUAUCAUUCCAUGUCUUGGGACAACUACAACUACAAAGACAGAAUUGUUUCUCAACUCAAAAGCAAUUGGAAAGUACGCUUAGUUGUAGCUACCACAGCAUUAAGUAUGGGUGUAAAUUUCCCGGGCAUUCGUUACAUUAUCAAUUGGGGUCCAGCACGCAAUUUGUUAGACCACCAUCAAGAAGCAGGGAGAGCCGGUCGUGAUGACAAAAAACCCCAGAUAUUGUGGUUAUUUACCAUGGACAACAGUAAACUCACUGUGAGGACGAAGUAA